GCGCCAUGGCGGAGCUUUCGGCCGACGUGUGCGCUUUCCUGCGCGAGCACCCGAGUCUGCGGCUGGAGCCCGGCGCCCACAAGGUGAAAUGCGCGCUCACCGGCCACGAGCUGCCCUGCCGCCUGCCCGAGCUCCAGCUCUACACCCGCGGCAAGAAGUACCGGCGGCUGGUCCGCGCCGCCCCGGCCUUCGACUACGCAGAGCUCGAGCCGCACAUCGUGCCCAGCACCAAGAACCCGCACCAGCUGUUCUGCAGGCUCACCCUGCGGCACAUCAACAAGUCCCCAGAGCACGUGCUGAGGCACACCCGGGGCCGCCGGUACCAGACAGCUCUGCGAGAAUAUGAAAAGUGUCAGAAGCAGGGUGUGGAGUACGUGCCUGCCUGCCUCUUGCACAAGAGAAGGAGGAGAGAAGACCAGACAGACGGCGCCAGGCCACGUCGUCCGAAAGAGGCCUUCUGGGAACCUGUGUCUAGUGAUGACGGCACAGCCGCGAGUGACAGUGAUGACAGCAUGACAGACCUAUACCCACCCGAGCUGUUCACCAGAAAGGACCUGGGAGGGACGGAGCCUGGGGACAGCACCGAGGACUUUCUGACAGAAGAGGAGGGCGAGGAGCCAAGGUGCGCCACCGGGACGAGCCCCGGGGACGGAGGAGAGCUGCCAGCGGCCCAGGUGCUG